GACUCUCGCAGAUCCGCCAUCGCUGCUUGCGGCUGCUCAGGCGAACCGCCUAUCUCAUACAGGCAUGAUGCGUGGCGUAUGGAAACCAUCUCAUCGAUGCGGAGUGGUGCUUGGCAUGUCGCCCAUAAGAACUCAAGCUCGGUCCUGAUCCUGCUAUCGUGCAGAGGGCUGUUUAACGUCACUUUCUGGUGCUCUAUUCGUUUGUGAAUAUGAAAUCCAUUCUGCUGGCUGCUGGGCUCGCCAGCUUUGCUACUCUUUCAAAUGCACAGGAUUGCGCGUCGACUUUGUCUGCCAACUAUACUGCCCCAAUCUUGGCAGACGGCUACCGCGCCACCUUGAUCGCAAAUCAACUCGAGACUCCUCGCUCGUUGAAGUUCGAUUCGGCCGGACAUCUCCUCAUGCUGCAACGAUCAUAUGGCAUUGUAUCUUUCACUUUGACUGGUACGGCGCCGUGUCUCACUGUUUCCAGUACGAAGGAUAUCCUAGCCAACACUUCAGUCAACCACGGACUCGAGUUGUCUCGUGAUGGAAGAACUCUGUAUGCAUCGGAUCCAAACGGUGUAUACGCCUGGAACUAUGAUGCUGAGCGGCAAGAACUGACAUCUGAUGCUCGCCGAGUAGUGACCACGGGCAGCACAGCAGACGGCCAUGAUACUCGGACACUCCUAAUGUCCCGCCAAGUGGACAAUAUGCUUCUUGUCCAUUGGGGAUCUCAGGGGAACAUAGAUCCUCAAGCUCUAAAUCGAAGUACCGGUAUCAGCUCGAUCAAAGCCUUUAAUGUCAGCGAUCCGAGUGUAUCAUACGACUAUGCCUCUGAAGGGAUUCUGAUGGGUUGGGGUCUUCGUAAUUCAGUUGGCUUCGGUGAAAAUCCAGUCACUGGCGGUAUCUUCAGUGUGGAAAACAAUGUGGAUGAGUUAAAGCGUGAAGGCAGAGACAUCCACAAGAACAACCCAGCCGAAGAGCUUAACUUUCACGGCUAUCUUAACGGCACCGAAUAUGCGAAUCAAGGUGCGAACUUCGGCUAUCCAUCUUGUUUUCCAGCUUGGGAUGCUAGUAGCGUUCCUGGCUAUGACGGACUCAAGACUGGUCAACAGUUUGCCAUUGGCGACCAGAAUGAUACCGUCAACGAUAAUAUUUGUCGCGAGGGUACUGUGCCGCCGCAGCUCAGCUUUGCUGCGCAUAUGGCUCCAUUGGACAUCAAGUUCAACACCGAAGCAACAGUUGCAUGGGUGACGUUCCAUGGUAGCUGGAAUCGUGACGAUCCGCAAGGCUAUAAGCUCUCAGCUAUUCCUUUUGACAACUCCACCGGUCUGCCACUCGCCGCACCUGACAGCAACGCUGGAUAUGUUGACAUUAUGUCGAAUCAGGACCUCUCAGAAUGCCCGGAUGGCUGUUUCAGGCCCGUCAGUCUGGCCUGGAACUCUGAAGGAAUGCUCUUCAUGACUAGCGAUAGCACCGGAGAACUCUAUUUGAUCUCAACGAGUGACAACACUCCUCUCAACGACGCACCACCACCGACACUGACGAAUGGCGGGGAAUCUCCACCAACCUCACCUUCGGAGCCUUCUAGCACACCAGGAGCUGCAUCUGUUGGCUAUGUGCCAGACUCUUGGUUCGUCGGACUGGUUUUCCUAGUCAUCUCCUACAUCUUGUAGAAUAAUGUAUCAUGACAGGUGACGACUCAUGACCCAUAAAUCAAAUGACGAAAUUCCAGAUGCGCAUUUUAUGUCCACGCAUGGACAUAGGAAGGCACGAUUAUUCUGAUCAUGAUAGUUGAAAACACAGCACUUAGUUCACCUGAGCGAGCAUUUGUCAUGUGUACUGCACAGAGCAAUUGUUAAUGAUUUGGGCGAACUCCCUUGUGCGCCUUCCCCUACCCAGAGAAUCAGCUCGCUUGCAACUUUGGAAGUGACAUUGUACAUUUUUAACACACGGUUUGG